AUUCAUUAAAUUAAUAAAUCUUUCUUGUAACUGUUUGAAUAAUUAUUAAGUUGUUUUUUUUGUAAUUUUAGUUCAAAAUGGGGCGCCGACCAGCUCGGUGUUACCGAUAUUGUAAGAACAAACCAUAUCCCAAGUCCAGAUUUUGUCGUGGUGUCCCAGAUCCUAAGAUCCGUAUCUUUGAUCUUGGGAGGAAGAAGGCCAGGGUAGAUGAAUUUUCUCUGUGUGUGCAUCUAGUUUCUGAUGAGUAUGAACAGUUGUCAUCUGAAGCGUUAGAGGCUGGCCGUAUCUGUGCCAACAAAUACUUGGUCAAGAACUGUGGUAAAGACGCUUUCCACAUGCGGAUACGAGUGCACCCCUUCCAUGUCAUCAGAAUCAACAAGAUGUUGUCGUGUGCCGGAGCCGAUAGGCUUCAGACAGGAAUGAGAGGAGCUUUUGGUAAGCCACAAGGAACCGUUGCUCGCGUACACAUUGGACAGCCCAUCAUGUCCGUCCGUGCCCGUGAGAACCACCAGGCAUCAGUGGUGGAAGCUCUCCGUAGAGCCAAGUUCAAGUUCCCGGGACGUCAGAAGAUCCACAUUUCCAAGAAGUGGGGCUUCACGAAGUGGGAGAAACCGCAGUAUGAGGAGAUGCGCGCGGACGGUCGUCUGAUCCCAGACGGAGUUACCGUACAGUACAAACCCAAUAAGGGGCCCCUCAAGGCCUGGAUGGACAGACAGAGGGUCUAACCUAUUUAUUGUGAUCUGGACGAUAGAAAGAAUAAAACAACACUUGGGCCUUCU